AUGGCGGCAUCAAAGGCGAGCACCGGCCGGCUGUACUUUUCCAUCGCCUAUGAUUUGGCACUUCUGCGCGAAGUAAACGCGCACAACCCAUUUCAAGAUCCUUCGCGGUGGGAAGGCAUUGUGAAGAACAUGAACUUUGCUCUGGGAAAAGUGUUUAGUGCGCGCGCCUUGCGCGAAAGGCUGGACCUUCUGUUGGCACAGUUCAUCGCAAACGACCGCGCCAGCCUCAGAAAGUCUGGAACCGAAGAAGAGUACGAGGAAAAAGAAAGGCUGCUACAGGAGAUAUGCAGCCUCGCAAAAGACUUCGGCUACAAGGUCAAAAGCCGCAAAGCGCAGUCCUCUGCGGGUCAGAGGGUCAGUGCGGCUGUGACCCGCGACACUGCCGCUGCUACGUUGGUGCCAGCGUCGCAAGUCGCCUUCGAGCCACUCAGCGCAGAUGCAAGUUGUGACGACGCAUCUCAAAGUGCUGCAGACCUGCUGGAGAGAAUUGUACAGGGCACCGACAUAGCCGCAACACCUGGCCCCUCGGACGAAACCACGACCACUGCUAAUAACCCGCGGCAGGAGGCAUCAACGAAUGCGGACGACAGGCCCGAUACUGAAGGAGCUGCCCAAGUUGUGCCUAGAAGACGCAGGGCUCAAGCAGCGACGGCUAGUGCGGACUAUGAAUUCAUCGAGAAGAGGUGGAAACACGAGAGGGCCCUGAAAGAGAAGGAGCACGCGCUUGAGAUGGAGCGUCUGGCCGUCGAAAAGCUCCGAAUCGAGCGAAAGCAACAACGCUCUGAGAAAAGGCACGCGCUGAAACGAGAGAGAACUGAAAGAGAGCUGCAACUGAGAGAGCGGGAAAUGGAAAUUCGCGAACGCCAGCUGCAAGCACAACUCGACGAAGCGAGCCAAAGAGAGCAACUGUCGAGAUUCCACAAGGCUACUCAAGACGCGAUACUCAAAAUUGUAGAAACGAUUUGUGAAAAGUUGGCAAAGUAAAAAGCAUGUAAAUAACAUUCGGCUGGGUUGACAAGAACGCAGACUAAAUAAUGUAACAGCGCUUGUGGCUGGGCCGGAAAUCCAGCCCGCGACCUCAACCUUAAUUUUAUUAUGGAAACAUUUCAGUGUUGCUGAGAAGACACUUCGAGAUUGUACACCUGAAUUAUUACAGCAGAAGAACCGACAUUUGGGCGAGUUGGAUUGCGUUAAACAUGAUGAGUGGUUUUCAGCGCAAACGGCGAAACACAAAGAAGAACGAGGAAAACGAACACCAGCGUUCGUGUUCCUCCUCCUUCUCUGUGUUUCGUCGUUUGCGCUGAAAACCAUUCAUCAUGUUUAACUGAAUUAUUACAGUUGUACAUUUUUGCAAUAAUCUGCCUUAAAUGUGCUUCAUGUGCAAUACGUCUUUUUUUUCCUUUACUGUGUCAGAAAUGGCGACACACAGGUUUCUGCCUGAUGGCCACACAUGUCACCAAACUUUUGACUCUACUAUUCACUGGCAAGCAGACCUCGUCAUUUUCGCAUCACAUUUGUUUUUAAAUUGUUCGUGAAAUUAGAGCUUCAUAAGAUGAAAGCCAGCUGCUUACGUCUUUCUCUUGAGUGUUUAUUAGUUUGUUUUUUUGUUUCAUGUCAACAAUUUAUGCUUGACAAUAAAGGAAGAGAAA